AUGACUACCGCCACUAGGCGCCAAAGACGCCUGUCGAUGGAUGAGUCCCCCGAAGUUGGUCGCCUCGUGGAGAAUGAGGACCGGAUGACGAUACUGCAACAAUGGGUCGAUGAUCUGAGUCUCGAUGAGAGACUUGCCGUGUCGACAAUGAUUUCAAAACGUAAUGAUCCCGUAGUGAAGCUGCCCGUGGAGCUCAUCAUUGCCAUACUCGACCAUUUACCCAUCUUCGCGGCGUGGCGGCUUCAGCUCGUUGGUAGGAGAUGGCGCUCGUUGUUUUCAUCAGAACAGGUACUGCGAGCCAAUCUUGCGCAAUGGGAGACACAUGACGCGUCGGACACUGGCAAAACCCCAUCACAAACGGCCACGGAAUCCAUCAGGACCAAAGUCCGGCGUACACAAGCCUGGAGGCUGGGCUGCGCUUUCUCUAGACUCGAAAUCCACGACAAGAUACCCCCACUUGAACAACAUUCGGGACAGAUCAUUGCUCUCAAAGGCAGUCGUCUGGCAUACAUCUGUGAUUCUAAGAGUCGCGGUCAUUCUCUGAUCGUGAGGGACCUAGUUGCUGGAAGUUCCCAUACAAUCAGAGGUGAUGCACGGGAAGCUAUUCACUCGAUGGCCUUGGGAUUGCAUCUCGUUGCCUUUGCAUCGCAUUCUGGAAAGCUUUAUGCUCAAGACCUGUCAGAUCUUACACGUCCAGCUCGAAGCGUUCGUCUGCCGUCCACGGCGGUGCUGGCUAUGCACGUGGAUCGAAAGACUGUCGGUGUUGUGUUGGAGGGUGGACGUUCUUUCGCGCUAUACAGUGCCGAAACAGGGUCGUUGCGUUCCUUCCCAGUAGACUUUGGAUCGCAACCCGAAGCAACUGCCAUAAGCCAUCCCAAACUGCAAACACGGAUACACAUGUCUUUGCUCAUUGACUCUCGCAGUGAGACCGUAGAUAUUUUCAGGUAUACUCGAACUAUGAUAACCCCGCAGGGUGGACCUAGACCCUCCUACAACAACACGAUCAAAAUGCAGUGGGAGCAUGCCCGAUACUCUUUCACCGGACAUCGAAGCGCAACAUCCUACGAACAAGUCCCAUCUCCAAAGUCAUCGCAACCUCCAAGACAGAUCAAUCUAGUAGCCCUACCACCGAGCCACUGUAGGCCUGAACCCUUGGGAUAUGAUGACGAAUUCACUCUCGGUACCAUUGCAAUCCUGCCAGUUCCUUACCGUGACGAAGAGCUCAGGCUUAACCCACCACCCGCCAGGGUCGAACACCAUCAUCAAAUCUUGUUCGACUCGAAAGCGGCAAGACUGCGACGGAGAGACCAUGAUGAGCUCAACGAACAUCAUCGGAUAGCGGAGAUACACGCUUGGAAAGAUGUACGAAUCUACUUCCAUCAACACCAAGGUAGGCACGAAUUCGUGACGAGAAACGUGGUGGAUAUCGGCUCUCGCUUUCAAAGCUUUGUUAGACACCAGAACCCACAUCUUGAUGGUAGUGAGAUUUUAGGUUUCAACGAUAGUUUUCUUGUCACCAUGGGGCAUUGGGACGGGAGAGGGACGCUUGACCAACAAAAGAUUUUUCUAUAUUGUUUCGACGAGACGUUGAAAUGCCCAGGAUUUGUCAGCRCCGAGAUAUGGGGACGCGAUAGUGGGCGUCUGGUGACGGGUGAGAAGAAGCGUGUUUGGGAGGAGUAUGAAACCCCCGAACCUAUGCUGGAGGUUCAGAGAUAG